UCAGGACAAGGUAGAGGCACUGGCAGAGUGGCAGGUCUUCAAAGCCUUGGCAGCUUGGCUUCAGCGAGCACGGUCAAAAGCAAAACCCCCUGCACCUGCAGUGCCGCCGCCCGUGAGUGCUUCCUCUGCUCUCUGAUCCUCCUCCGCCGACCCGCCGACGAGAUGCCGUCCCCCUCCACACCUCCGCCGCCGUCCUCCUGGGCCAUCCUCGGCGCCAUUCCGCGCGUUUCCGCCGACGACCUCUCCCUCGACCUCGCCGCGCCCCCGCGCGUCUCCCUCCUCACCAUCCCCAAGCGCAUGUUCCCGGCCGAGGUCACGCCCCGCAACUACCCCAGGCUCCUCGCCGCCGACCCCUCGGGCCUCCUCCUCCUCCACGCCGACCAGGGCCGCGCCGCGUCCCCCACCGUCAACGACCGCCCCAACCACCAGUCCUUCUGCUGGCGCGAGUUCGUCGCCGGCUACUUCGUCCUCGACGCCGCCGACUCCGCGCUCGCCCUCCCCGAGCCCGAGCUCAUCAUGAACGCCGGCCACGUUGGCAUCAUCGCCUCCCCCACCGGCUCCGGCUACAUGGUCGCUGAGCUCCAGCCCUUCCUCGGCGACGACCACGCCACCCUCCUCUGCUUCUCCUCCGACGUCGGCGAGUGGGUCGACAAGACUGUCAACUACCCGCUCCCGGCCCGCCACCUCUCCUCCGACGCCGUUGUCUCGCUCCACGGCAGGCUCUGGUGGAUCGACCUCUCCUGGUGCAUCGCCGCCUGCGACCCCUUCGCCGACGACCCGCACCUCACCGUCGUCCCGCUCCCGCCGGGCACGGCGCUCGGCUACGGCCAGGCUGCCGGGGUGCUCGACAGGUACCGCGCCGUCGGGGUCAGCGCGGGCAAGCUGCGCUUCGUCGACAUGUACAGGAACCGUGACCCCAGCGGCGCUCUCCAGGUCACCAUCUGGACGCUGCCCCAUCCCGACUCCACCGAGUGGGAGCUCGAGCACCAGGCCAGCUUCCACCACAUCUGGGAUCAUCACACCUACAAGGCCGCUGGACUCCCCAGCAAGAUCCCCGUCCUCGCGCUCAUCCACCCCGACCACCCCGCCGUCGUCUACUUCUUCCUCGACGACCACCUCUUCGGCGUCGACUUGCGGGACCACGCCGUCGUGGCCUGCGACCUCUACCACCUCGUCGACCCGCCCAGGGAUCUCGUCUCCGCCCGCUUCGUCCACGCCUGGCAGCUGCCGCAAGCUCUUCGUUCCCCUUCGGCCCUUCCCCAGGUAAUCAACGCUAAAUCACUUGCAUUGCAUUAUUUGCAUGCUGCUGUACACUCUGCUGCACUCACACUCCAAGAUGAAUAG